UGGGAGGAAGCCCACCACCUCCUUUUUUUUAACUUCAUCUACUUUUGCUUUUUCUACCGUUGCUUCUCUUGAACCAGUCUCAUGAGUUCUCCCUGAUGUCAUUGCAAAAACUAUAACCCACUCUCUUGAAUUCUCUGCUCAAAAAGUAAAAUCCCCAUCUCCAUGAUUGUGGUUUUUGCGUCCUUUAGGCCGCUCUUUUGAAUUCUCUGCGCCAAAUGUGAAAUAUCUGGCUUGGAUUAUCAAGGGGUUGAGGUUUUUUUUUUUCUCAGAUCUGAAUGGGGAGUGUUUCAUCGGAGGAGGGAGUGGAUGAUCAGAGCGAUCGGUGCGGGAGCUACAGUCUGAGUGCGGAUGUCAGCGAGUCGGAGAGUUGUAGUAGUUUCUCGUGUCGGCGGUACGAUGGUGAGGGUGCUUCGAGCUCCAUGACGUCUUCGCCGCUGGCUUGCCGGCCGGUGGUAGGGAAUUCAAGUUUUCCUGUGGGGCCGCCGCUGAUGCUGCCGGUGAUUGGGGGGAGAGAUGUGGUGGUUUGGGGGGAGAAGCCGGAGAAGCGUGAGACGGAUUUGUCAGAAGCUGAGAUGAUGAAGGAGAGAUUUGCUAAGCUUCUACUUGGGGAAGAUAUGUCUGGAGGAGGGAAAGGGGUUUGUACUGCCCUUGCCAUCUCAAACGCCAUCACAAAUCUCUCUGCUACUGUGUUUGGAGAACUAUGGAGGUUGGAGCCAUUGGCACCACAGAAGAAGGCAAUGUGGUGCAGGGAGAUGGAAUGGCUGUUAUGUGUGAGUGAUUCAAUAGUUGAGCUUGUACCUUCUAUACAACAAUUCCCAGGUGGGGGGACAUAUGAAGUCAUGGCUACACGGCCUCGAUCGGAUUUAUACAUGAAUCUUCCUGCCCUUAAGAAGCUUGAUGCCAUGUUGCUUAGCAUGCUUGAUGGGUUUUGUGAAACGGAGUUCUGGUAUGUUGAUCGGGGAAUAAUUGUGGCUGAGGCUGACAAUCAUGACGCAUACCCAUUGUCUGCUUCUAGCGGGAGGCCCUCAAUUAGGCAGGAAGAGAAAUGGUGGCUACCCUGCCCAAAAGUUCCCCCAAAUGGGUUGUCUGAGGAUGCAAGGAAGAGGCUGCAGCAAUGCAGGGACUGUACGAACCAGAUACUGAAGGCAGCCAUGGCGAUUAAUAGCAGUGUGCUUGCUGAAAUGGAGAUACCCACUGCCUACUUGGAGACCUUGCCUAAGAAUGGGAAAGCAUGUCUGGGUGAUAUCAUCUAUCGCUACAUCACUGCUGAACAGUUCUCCCCAGAAUGUCUCCUUGAUUGCCUGGACCUAUCAUCAGAACAUCAUACUUUGGAAAUAGCCAACAGGAUUGAGGCGGCAGUGCAUGUUUGGAAACAGAAAGACUGGAAAAAACAACCAAAACACUUGAAAGCUAAGCGUUCAACAUGGGGAGGCAAGGUCAAGGGCCUUGUUGCUGACACAGAAAAGAAUCAAUUUCUGGCCAUACGAGCUGAGACCCUUCUACACAGUCUGAGGCUUCGUUUCCCUGGCCUUCCCCAGACUGCUUUAGACAUGAACAAGAUUCAGUACAAUAAGGAUGUAGGGCAGUCAAUUCUAGAAAGUUAUUCAAGGGUAAUGGAGAGCUUAGCUUUCAACAUAAUGGCAAGGAUAGAUGAUGUUCUUUAUGUAGAUGAUGCAGUAAAGCGAUGUGCAGCAGCAGAAUCAAUGGCCCUUUUCAGCAGGGGAGGUUUGGGUGGUCUUCCUAUCCAGAAACGGAUGUCCCCUAGCCCUUUCUCAAUCCAACAUUCCCCUUUUGCCUCUCCAUUUGCUACUCCAACCUUCUGCUCUUCCACACCUCUGACUGGAAGCCCAGGCAGGACACCCCCCUCAAGAAAUAAGAUGAGCUCCAAGGGGGCACCAGAGCUGAAGCUGGAAAAACCAAUCCCAGCACCAGAGAUGAAGCUGGAAAAACCAAUCCCAGCUGAUUUCGAGAAGAUGUGGUCAUAUACUGGGAACCUUAGUGCCAGAAAAGUUUCUGGAGACGCUCCAGAACGUGAUUGAGUACAAGCUAAUCCAUGAAACUACCAAAGAAAAAGCUCGGAGAGGCCUGUGGCCAUGGGUAGAGGUUGGUGGUUCUGAUUUUGUAUAUUCUUUAGCAAUAGAAAUCAGGCUUUAGAGUUUUGAUAGUCUCUGUAUCAGAUGCUAGAUGAAGAGAGUUAUGCUUUCCUUAAUACUCUGUUGUUCAUAAAAAAUCAUUCCCUAGUGUCUCCUUUCAAAAUUGGCCAAUCUAGUGCCCUAGCUGGAUGUAAUGUAUCAAUGCUAUCUACCACGACUAUUCAAAUUAUUCAAAAAAGUUUCACUUCUCCAGUUCCA